AUGGCGGAGCAAAAUCGAGCGCCAGCGGACAGUAUCACAGUCAUCCACGCUAUUGAGGUAGAUGCUGGACCAUCCCAAGAGAUCUCCCCUAAUGAGAGCCCCGUCGAGGCUCAUGAUCUCCCAGAACACCUAAAAUUCCGCACAAAGCUCCGUCUCGCCGCUAUCCUAGUCGCAAUCUAUCUCGUUCUCUUCGUCGCAGCAUUCGAUCAAACUAUCAUUGCAACAUCCAUCCCAACGAUAUCCGCCUCUCUGCACUCCGCCUCGGGCUACACAUGGAUCGGUGGUGCGUACUUGCUGGCCAACACCGCGGCCGGUCCACUCUGGGCGAAAUGCAGCGAUAUUUGGGGUCGCAAGCUUGCCCUCCUAUCAGGAGUUGCCAUCUUCGCCGCAGCUAGUAUAAUCGCAGCGAUGAGUACAAGCAUGGCGAUGCUCAUCACUGCGCGAGCGCUACAGGGCACGGCAGCCGGUGGCCUAGGCCAGAUGGUGACGAUUACAAUCUCGGACGUCUUCAAAGCGACCAUGGAUAUCAUAGUUGGUAUUCUGAUCCGGCAGACAGGUCGAUACAAGGAGAUCAUCUGGGCUGGAGUUAUAAUCAUGACGAUGGGAACAGGACUAUUCAUCAGCCUCCAAACUGACACACCCAUAGCCAGUAUUAUCGGGUUCCAAAUCGCCAGCGGCAUCGGCAUUGCAUUUUUAUUCCAGUUACCCAUGAUCGCGGUUCAAAACACCGUCAGCCAGGCCGACACGGCAACAGCAACGGCGACAUUGGGUUUCUUCCGAACCUAG